ACACUUUAUUUCCUAUCUCUUCAAGUUCUUAUCCGUUGAGGAAUGAAUGGGAGUUUCCCUUUUUGCUAAAUCUAGAUCUUAAGUGGUGGAUAUUACUUGAAUUAGACUAUUCAGGGGUAAGAGUCCCUUCAAUUCCCUUAGUCGAAGGUUAUAGGUUACACGACUCAAACUCUUCAAAAGUUACCCUCCAUUACGACUCCCGUAGAAGUCUUAAAAGCUGGCUUACUCAACUUUUGUACGGAAGGCUGCCGGAGCGGUGGUCGGCGAUAUGCCCCACCGUCUUCUCCAAACAUCGUCCAGCUCCAACCCCGCAGCCCGAGUUUCUAUUAUAUCACGACACCUUUCAGGCGGCGCCCAAUCUCCCGCCAACUCAAGCUUUUCAAGCAAUAUCUCCAUCUCUUCGACCCAGACUCGUGACUUUUCUUCGUCGCCUACCAAGAUGUCGUCUCAACCAGAACACCCGACUUUGCUCAUCCCGGGCCCCAUUGAGUUUGACGAUGCUGUCUUACAGUCCAUGAGCCAUUACAGCGAGUCUCAUGUCGGUCCAGGCUUUGUUGCUACCUUUGGCGAGGCCUUGUCCAUGCUUCGCAAACUCUUCCAAACUACCUCGCCCUCUUCGCAACCAUUCGUCAUCUCGGGAUCGGGAACGCUUGGGUGGGAUCUAGUAGCGGCAAAUCUGGUCGAAGCUGGCGAAGACGUCUUAGUUCUAAGCUCCGGUUAUUUUAGCGACGGUUUCGCCGACUGCCUCAAGGUCUACGGUGCCAAUGUCGAUCUCCUUAAGGCCCCCGUUGGUAGCCGGCCGCAGUUACCCGAAAUCGAGAAGGCAUUGAAGAGCAAGAAGUACAAGGCAGUCACAGUUACACACGUAGACACGUCUACGGGUGUGCUCAGCGAGCUCCAGAAACUUUCCGAGACAGUUCAAAGUGCUUCGCCUGACACGUUGCUGAUUGUGGACGGUGUUUGCAGUGUAGCUAGCGAGGAGAUCGAUUUCGAUGCGUGGAAACUUGACGGUGUAAUAACAGCCAGCCAAAAAGCUAUCGGUUGCCCUGCUGGCUUGUCAAUAUCGAUGUUCAGCGGCAAGGCAAUGGACGCCUUCAAGGCGAGGAAGAGUCCGCCAUCAUCCUACUUCGCCUCCAUGAAGAACUGGACACCUAUCAUGCAGAAUUACGAAGCGAAGAAGCCCUCAUACUUUGCGACUCCGUCUCCACAACUUAUCCAUGCCCUCCACACAGCGCUAAGUCAGAUUCUUACCAAGCCCCUCUCCGAGAGAUUUGCUAGGCACAGGGAGGUGUCAGACAAGAUCAAGAAAGCCGUGGCAGACCUGGGGUUGAAACAAGUUGCUGCCAACCCAGACGAUCAGGCCCAUGGAAUGACGGCCAUAUACCUGCCCGAAACUGUCAAGGCCACUGAUAUACUCCCAAAGCUUGCGAAGAGCGGCGUCAUCUUUGCUGGCGGCAUCCACAAGGAAAUCGCGCCUAAAUACAUUCGCUUCGGACACAUGGGUAUCAGUGUGACUGACCCUGCGAGAGGUGAUGUUGACAAGGCAAUAAACGCGCUGACGAGUGGGUUGUCUGACUGCGGAUAUCAGAAAGCAUAAGCCUGGAAUAUACUCAAGGUAGUUAAGGCAUGCUUGAGACGCUC